CUAGAGGAAGAGAGCUUCGUGCUGUCUUCCUCCUCCGCCUCUGAUGCAGAAUUCGACGCUGUGGUUGGCUACUUGGAGGACAUUAUCAUGGAUGACGAGUUCCAGUUGUUACAGAGAAAUUUCAUGGACAAGUACUACCAGGAAUUUGAAGACACAGAAGAGAAUAAACUCAUCUACACGCCUAUUUUUAACGAAUAUAUUUCUUUAGUGGAAAAGUACAUUGAAGAACAGCUACUGGAGCGGAUUCCUGGCUUCAACAUGGCGGCCUUCACGACAACCUUACAGCACCACAAAGAUGAGGUGGCCGGUGACAUAUUCGACAUGCUGCUCACGUUUACCGAUUUUCUGGCUUUUAAAGAAAUGUUUUUGGACUACAGAGCAGAAAAAGAAGGCCGGGGACUGGACUUAAGCAGUGGUCUCGUGGUGACGUCACUGUGCAAGUCAUCCUCCCUGCCCGCUUCCCAGAACAACCUGCGGCACUAGGUCCCCUCCAGCAACGAGAUUGUUCAACAUCAGCCCAGGGCACGGGAGAGGCGUCAGCUACAGCUAGCGACAGGAUAGAUCUUGGGGAGACCGGCUCUGUUCCGCAAUCCUUCGUUAACAUCAAGUAUUGAUGGAGGAAAAAAAAUGGUAUGACCCUCCUGAGACCCGUUUCUUCAGAAAACCCUUGUGUUCAGUAACCCUAGUGCUCCCCCCCGCCCCCCGGGCAUCUCUCUCGGGGGCUUGAGGCAGCGCCUGUGGACAAGUCUACGUCCAGCAUUCCACCUGGGGGCUUGCUUCCCCCCCCACACAUGUUGGGGUGUCCCAAAUGGUUGGGAGCAUUUAUCUAGGGUGUUCCUCAAGCUGCUGCCGGACUUGUAACUUCUGGAGCUCCUAUCACCACCGAGAGUCUUGGCUGUCAGUCACCGAGAGAGAUGUCCUUUACCUAAAAGCUACAUGUCCAAGUCAACGCCUCGUCUCACAUCCGCAGUCCCGUCCCCGUGUCACUGUCUUCCGGUCCUGAUGUCGCCCCCCGUUUCCAGAACUCUCCUUUAAGCAUUUUUGAAAGAAACUAUUUUUAUAGAUGAACACUCAGGCUAACCUAGUGGAUAUAAUCUUGGAAGUUCCACGAUUACCCACUUCAAGAUCAAAGUAUUAUAUGCUUUCUAGUUGUUAGUGCCACGAGCGUGGAUGCUCCGUUGGCGCCCGCGAGUGUGUGCUUCUGCGUGUGCUUCCGCUGAAGUAGGCCCAGGUCCCCUUUGCUCAGCAUGUCGUGUUCGUGCAGGCUCGCGCCAGCUUUUUCUGUAUAAAUCGGGUGGUUAGGUUUUCUGUUGGAACAGAGGGUCUGCAAUGCCUUCCUGUCAAAACCUUCCCACCAGCGCAGUGUCUGCUGGUUAGCUCAGCUCCCGGUGUGCACCUUAGAUGUUUUUUAAAGUAAAAAUAAGAAUCUGUACUGACUUCAUGUGGCUGUUCUGGUUUUAAAGGAUGAGCUAUAUAGAGGCUGUGUGUUUUCUGUACUGAUGUGGCGCUCAUUAAAUGCUUUUGUAUUGUUAAGUAAAAUUGAGGUGUUUUGCAAGAACCAACUCA